CAGAGCAGAGUCAUUAUGAACUUUAAUCUGAUAUUUUAGAAAAUGGUGACACUGAGUGUAGAGGAUGGCCCGUGGACAGGAUGUGCGGUUCUCUUCCUGCACUCCUGUCCCGCAGUGAACCUGCUCUCUCUCUACAAAGACCAGCAGGGCAAGUUCAGCGUCUUCAAAGUCCUCAAGCUGACACUCACAGACUCAGCUGGGGGGCUGGAGGGGUACGAGAUCCUGAAGCUGCAUGAUGCAGAUCCUCUGCUGGGUGUAGAGGUGAAGUUUGAGGAUGUGGCGGCGUGCCGCAGGUUCCUGCAGAGCUAUGGCUCCGGUGCCGUACAACAGGCCCUCUCCCAGCACGCCUGCCGCCUCCUCCAUGGCCCACAGGAGCUUGCCUUGGAAACCCAGCUCAAAGCCGGGACGCACACUUUGGACUUUUGUCUGGACGACCUGGAGCUCUGUCUGCAACACAUCCACCAGUCACAGCCGGGGCGCCUAAGGGAUGAUGAGAUUGCUGAGCUGGACCAGCAGCUGCAGAGCCAGGCCUUGGGUCACAUCCCCCAGCCACCCACCCUCUCACAGGAAGAGCCCCCUGUGCCCAGCAACUGUUUCCUGUUCCAGAAAAGGGUGUUUGAGGACCGCAUACUGGCGGCAGGGGACCUGCAGCGGUUCUCCAACGGCGUUGGGCGGGACUGGAGGAAAGUGGGGCGGGCCUUGGGCAAGAACUGCUGUGCGCUGAAGGGGCCGGCCAUAGACAACCUGGCCUACGAGUAUGAGAGGGAGGGGCUGUACGAGCAGGCCUAUCAGCUGCUGAGCCGCUUCAUCCAGGCGGAGGGGAGGGCGGCACGGCUAGGCCGGCUGGUCAGAGCACUGGAAGACAGCAAACUCACCAGCCUGGCUGAGAACAUUUUGGACAGCCAGCCCCGGGAGUGACGCUGUCUGUCAAACUGUCUGGGGGGUGUGUGUUGGUCUGUAUGUGUGUGUGUGUCUUUGUGAAAGAGUGGUAACGUGUGGGUGGCAUUUCUUGUGUGCUACAACAUGUCUUUUCUGUGUGAGUUUUGUGUCUGUGAGCUUGAUUGUAUGUUUUUUUAUUUGAGUAAAAUUGUAUUGUGUUACAAAACCAAUAGUUCUCAUAAUUGCUAUGUCACUUCAUUGUUGUCUCUGGUUGGAGAGCAAACUGAAAACACUGCGGGCCUUUUCUUCUUCCGCUAUAAACCCAACCCCCUUUCUCCACCACAGACUGGACCCUUGAUGUAUUUGAUCAUUCUACCAAUAACCUUUAGUUAUUACAAAAACUAGAUUGAUAUUGAACAAUUUGCAAUGGGUUUGGGGAAUAUUUGUUCCAAAAUCCAAAUAAAGUGUUGGAUUUAUAAAAACAAA